UUGAAAGUUAGUUGUUACCAAACGGACAAACCGAAGUAAAAGCCCAGCCUGAAUAGAUGGUGCCGAAAACCGUCAAUUCCACUCUCAAAAAUCGAACUGCCUAGAUCUACCAAAAUUUCAUUUUCUUGAACCGCUCAGUUUGAUCCUUCACUAUGUGGCGUUCGCUUUGGCGAUCCAUCGAUCGCUUCUCUCUGCAAUACUUCAAACAUGUAAUUCAUGAAUUGCAGAAGAUCAAAGUUGUAGAUAUGCACAACAGGGAAUUAGUUGUGGAUCUCCUGCAGUCUAUAGUAGAGAUAGUUACAUAUGGCGACAGACAAGAUUCUCAGAUUUUUGAGUGUUUUAUGGAACACCAGGUUUUGGCGGAGUUUGUUCGUGUACUAAAAAUUAGUAAAAAUUCAAGAAUCGAGGCACCAUUGCUACAGUAUCUAAGUAUAAUGAUUCAAAACAUGGAUAGCGAAUAUGCAAUCUACUACUGUUUAAGCAAUGACUAUGUCAACAAUAUUAUAACACAUCCGUACAAAUUUGAUGGUGGAGAUCUAGCUCAAUAUUAUAUAUCUUUCCUAAGAUCAGUGAGCAACAAAAUAAAUGGAGACACUCUUUGCCUUCUUGUAAAGGUUCAUGGGGAUGCUGUUGUCUCUUUCCCCCUAUACAGUGAGGCUCUUAAAUUUGCUCAGCACGGGGAAAAGAUGAUUCAGACUGCUAUACGUGCAUUGACUCUCAAUAUAUAUAAUGUUAGUGAUGAUACGGUUUAUCAGUUCAUAACAACUCCUCCAGUUUCAAGUUACUUCUCAGAUUUGAUUCAUAGCUUGAAAGAGCAAUUUACCCAUCUAGACAACCUUGUCCAUGCUUUAGAGGAGAUGGGCAUUAAUCAAAGAAGAAAGGAGCUACUGUUAAAAACUGAUAGAAUUGUUGAUGAUCUGUACUACUUAAAGGAUAUUCUUUGUGUUGGCGAAACUCGUUUGAGUAAAGUGGUCAUGCAGAAUGUUCUUAACUUGCUCCUCUUUCCUAUAUUACAUCCUUUGCUUCAUUCAAGGCAGAGUGAUGGUUCAAAUCUAUCUCCAAUCACUUCUCUGUAUAUGGUUUCUUGUCUUAUUCAAGUCAUUGGUGGAAAAAGUAUUGUUAACUAUGUGGCUGGAGUUCUUCUAUACCCUUAUAUGUCCUUAAGUGUGAGAGAUGCUUGGGAAGCGUGUUUGAGCAGUGCUUUUUUCAGUGAUUUUAAUGAUAUGGAAAAAUCAUCAUGUUCUACCGAGUCUGAAGGUGCUGAAAGUGUCAAUGGGAGUCCUCUUCACAGGCAUUUGCCAGAAGGCAGUAUACUAGAUUUUAUUUUGUCUGACAAUCACAGCCUCUCACUUGCGUCUCUGUUUUUAUUACUUACUUUAGCAGAAAGUAAAGAUCUUGCGGAUUUACUGGCUUCAAUGGUUAGCCUGAGUGCAAUGCAGCAUGGUAUGGUAAUGGAGGAAAGUAUACUCGUGAAGUUUAUGCCUCAGAUUUUAAAUGCAUUAUUGAAUGUUUUAGCAAGCGAACCACCAACCACUGUGCAAAUAAAGUGGCAUACUGGAUGGUUCUUGCGAAAGCUACUGGUUUUUCAAGGAAUCAGGCUUGAUGAACACAAUUUCCAUCUAUUUAAUACCUCAUUUGAGCGGUCCUGCAUAUGUGUCGAGAAAGAACUUGAUGGAUGCUGGUUUGAUCAUAUCAUGGACGUGUUGAGAAAUGAAUGGGCAAGCUGUAAAACAGCUCUUGAGGAAUCAUCACAAUCCAAAGACCCCUUUUUCCUUCUAGAUUUCACAAUCUGCCAGGCCGCUGAUGAUGAUGCAACCUCUUCCCAUGUAGCUUGGCAAAGAAUGGUGGAUGUAGUGAAGGUCUUCAUUCUGCAUCUUCAGUUGAAGGCUUUUAUUUCCAAAGGAGAGUUUCUUGAGAAGUCCUCACUGGACUCCAUAGUGGUACUUCCCUUCGAUUCUGCGAAGAACCUAGCUUCAGGUCUUUCAUCUGCUAGCUUUGGGUCGGAGGUUUCCUUAGGCUCAGGAAUCCCUUGCAGGAUUGCCUUCUCAAAUGCAGGAAUCAGAGAUAUUUACCUGAUACCUGUGGCAAGGGGAAUAUCUGGGAAAUUGCUUCUUGUGGAGAAACAUCCCUUCCGCAGUCAAAGAGGGGUUGUAAUUGCCAUUGCUCCAUUGGCAGGAUUGAGUGUGUUAAAAUUUACAUUUCAAGAGUUUAAGGGAGAUUCCAAAUGUACAUGAACUAAGGAGAUACAAAGCUUUUCUUGCAUGUUAACAACCAAUUUACAACAGGGAAACUGGUUUUCUUGCGUGUUAACAACCAAUUUACAACAGGGAAACUGGUUUUCGUGUGGUUUAUGACUUGGAGUUAGGGAAGGAGAUACAAGUUUUGACAGGGAGAAUGAAAACCUUGAAGUUAUUUUCAGUAAGUUUUGAAUGAGUUGGGGUUGAAAUUAGGACAGCAUUAGCUCCCUUAGCUUUUUUUCUUAUGAUAGUUGUUGCAAGCUUCCUCUGAGUACUUAUUUUCUUUACUCUGAAAAGCUUCAUUAUUUAUUUCUUGACAUCUACUGGAUAGUCUCUUACCAUCUUUACCUAUGUGUCAGUUAUUGCCAUGUUUAUGUUUCCAUUAUUAACUUCUGCAUUUUGCCAGUUUUAAGAUUUUUAACUUCUGAGCAAGUUAAUCUGGUUACUGGUUUUAAUUUCUCUGUUACCAACAAUAUAUACUGCUGUGACUUUUUUCCCUACC